AUGUCCCCCGCAAUUUAUCUUCUUCUAUUUGGACAAGACGUGAUUCGAUUCGCAGGCGUGACUCGUCGGACACCAGACGUGAUUCCGCUCGAACUGGAAUUCGCCGCGGCGGGUCGGCUUCUAAAAUUCUUUGUCGUCGUGGGGAACGUCAUGCAGAUCUGGGCCCGCGACUCCCUUCCCUCGUUCGAGGAGCUGCAGCCGGAGCCCGCUCUCCUGGCGAGCUCGGAGACCAUCCCGACGAGGGCACAGAUGAGGAUGCAGCGCUGGCCCGGGAAGAGGAGUUACUGCCAUACGAUUGGCAGGGGAUGUGGCGGCCCGCAACACCGCCAGGCGUGGGAAGAGCUGAGCACGGAGCUCGACCACAACGCACGGGCGCUCGCGCUCCACUUUGUGGACGACCAGUGCAAGGACCUGCCGCCAGAACGACGAGCGGCUUCCGCUCGGUUCGUGGAGCUCCUCCUGACUACAGGGUUGGAGCUUUUGUGCAGCGUGGCCUCAAAGCUGCACAGCCUGGAAGUGGAGCAGUGCUGGGCGUGGGACCUUAACGGUGAGAGAUCCGGCGAGCAGUACUCGGCGCCGUGGUGCAUCAAGCGCGUGCUCAGUCUACUCCUAAAUGGCAUGAUACGCAGCGGGUGGGUGCCGGACAUUUCCAACCAGGCGCUGGGCGCGUACGACUGCUGCGCCCGCUACGAGGGCUGCCACGAACACUUUCUUCUCGUCGCCGGACGGCGGGAGAGGCAGCAGACAUAUUCAAAGAAGUGGCGCGCGAAACGGAACUGA